CCCCCGCCCGGCUUCUAAACCAUGACCUCAUCGCAUUAGUGGAUGGAAGUGCUAAAGUAUACCUUUUGUAACCACUCCACCCCCUUUACACACACCUCUUAGCUACUAGUGCGACACUAAUACUAAACUAGUCCUUCAUUUUUAUUAUUAUUAUUAUUUUUUUUACAUUUUAAUUGUGCUUGAGCUGCGCGUUCAUGACAGUGCUGAGCCGCUCGCUCCUGGCGCUGUCACCCCGCGUCAGCUGUGUCGUACCCCGGCCACGACACGGCCGUGACCAUGAGAACGCCCGCCGGGGUCCGCCAUGACACGGAGGCCGGUUAAAUGACAGCGAGAAGCGGACUGGAGCUGAAGGCACUAUGACUCUCUCAUCAUCUGCCUCAGUGGUACCACUCAAUCGCUGACCUCGCCACCUCGUCCCUAUCUCCUCCUGUGCAAUCUCCUCAGACACUCUUCCGUCUCUGCCCCUCCUACACCAUGGCAGGGGAGAAAGGGCCGACAAAGCGAAGCGCCAUGGACAUCAAGCGCCUGGCGAGCCUCAUUCAGAGAGGAACAGGCCGCUUGCUGGUGAUUGACAGCAGGACGUUUUCCGAGUACAACGCAUCCCAUGUGCAGGGCGCAGUCAAUGUCUGCUGCUCCAAGCUCGUCAAGAGGCGACUGCAGCAGGACAAGGUGUCCGUCACAGAGCUGCUGCAGCCCAAUGGCAAAAUAAAGGUAGAGCUGGGCAGGAAGCAGGAAGUGGUGGUUUAUGACCAGAGUUCCAAAGAAGCCAGUCAUCUGUCCAAAGAUGGCUUUGUGCACAUUCUCAUGGGGAAGUUGGAGGGCACUUUCCACAAAGUGUCCCUGCUCACUGGGGGCUUUGCUGCGUUCUCCUCCUGCUUCCCCGGCCUGUGUGAAGGGAAGCCAGCCACUGCUCUUCCUAUGAGCUUGUCCCAGCCCUGCUUGCCUGUGGCUAAUGUCGGACCCACCCGCAUCCUGCCACACCUCUACCUGGGCUCUCAGAAAGACGUCCUCAAUAAGGAUCUGAUGCUUCAGAAUGGUAUCACGUACGUGCUGAACGCCAGCAACACCUGCCCCAAGCCGGACUUCAUCAGUGAGAGCCACUUCAUGCGCAUCCCAGUGAAUGACAACUACUGUGAGAAACUGCUUCCUUGGCUGGACAAAACCAACGAAUUUAUUGACAAAGCUAAGGUGUCGAACUGCAGAGUCAUUGUGCACUGUCUGGCCGGAAUCUCGCGUUCAGCGACCAUCGCCAUAGCGUACAUCAUGAAGACAAUGGGCCUGUCAUCAGACGACGCCUACAGGUUUGUGAAGGACCGAAGACCAUCCAUAUCCCCCAACUUCAACUUCCUGGGCCAGCUGCUGGAGUUUGAGAAAGAACUGCGACUACUCCAAGCUUUGACUUCCAGCGCCGAUGACAAGAUGUCAGACAGCAACUCCAAGCUCAACGCUGAGCUUAACGGGGUCAACUCGUGUUUCGAGAUGAACGGUUUCCAGAGCAACUAUGACUCAUUGGUGGCAGAAAAGCCGCCAGAGCCCAAGAUAGCAUUGCCCACCUCCCUCCAGCAAGGCUUCAAUGGCUUGCACCUUUCUGCAGAGAGAAUUAUGGACACCAACCGUCUGAAACGCUCCUUCUCUCUGGACAUUAAAUCUGUGUACUCCCCUAACAGUCCACAUUCUGCUGGCAUGGCACCAACACACUCUGAAGACGUCCCCAAGCUGUGCAAACUGGACAGCCCAGAGACAGGCACCUCCAAUGGCGUCUGCUCCCAGUCCCCCAUCCUGAACAGUCCCUGCUCUUCUGACUCGCCCUUCCCCUCGCCUGGCAGUGUCGGCACCGUUGGCGGUCUGGGGCACGGAGGAAGCGAAGGAGUCCAUCGGCCUGGUUCUUCGUCAUCCAGACCGAGAAGAAAACACAAGCACACCUCUGGAAGUUCACCAGCCCAUUUCCAGCAACAGCUGUCCCAAUCCCUCAGCCUGUCUCUGGACCAGAAGAGUCCAAGCAUGGAUGAGAACCUAAAGGGUUCCCUGCUUCUGUCACUGCCCUCCGUUGGAUCCGAGGCCAUGUGGACCAAACAUAGAGACACCGUCCAAGCCACCACCCCCGUCACUCCUGUCACCCCCACCACCGACGCCCCCUGGCACUUUGGGGCGGAAGAAGGGGGCGAGAUGGAGCUCGGCGGCGGGGGGGACGGCGGGCGAAGCGAGCCUUCUUUGAGAUUCGGGAGCAGCUCUGCAUAUGUGGCGUUCGGGUGCAGCGAGGGAGUGCGGUUACAGGACAAACCUCCCAAGGAGAAGCAGCGAGACUUCACGUCGUCCUCCAACGUGCCCAAUGUGGGCGGGUCGUCGGCGGAGAAGCAGUUCAAGCGUCGCAGCUGUCAGAUGGAAUUCGAGGAGGUCAUCUCAGAGACGCGUUCUCGAGAAGAACUGGGGAAGAUCGGAAAACAGUCAAGUUUCUCUGGGAGCCUUGAGAUCAUUGAGGUAUCCUGACACGUAAUGGACAACUCUGUCCACACCUGCUUGCAGGGCGGAAAGAACAUUAUUUUCUUCCCCCUCAUAGGCAGCGUUCAAGACUACGAGUGAGAGACGGACUAAGCGAAGGUUAGCAAGCUGGACAGAGACGAGCUGCUGACCAGAACCUUAUUGAACUCUCUAAAGGCCUGCAGGCACCGGAACCUUUGAGGUGUGUCAGGUUGCAUCUUCUAGAAUAACUCGGACACCAGUGCAGCCCUAGUCCCAGGACUCGUGAUCUGCGCCGGAAUGGUCCGACAGCCUCAAAAAGCUCAUCCUAACGUUGUCCUCGACAUUUAGCGGAGGCCUUGACGGCACAAAGCACGUCGACGCCACUCGUCCGCUCUCCUCCAAAACCGAUGCCUCCCAAACAAAGACCUCAGCAUCUCACCAGUCACCCUAAAGCACAGCCUGUCCUUUGUUUGGCGCGUCAGCCGCACCCUCCCUGCCUUUGCUCCUUGUCACCACUAGUGGUCACCACUGAGCAUGCACCAUGAAAGGCUGGCAACAGAAAACUCUAUUAUACAACAUGAAUAUAUAUGUAUAGCAAUUUUAACGGGAUUUUUAUUUUGCUUUUAAUUUAUUGUUCAUUCUGGUAAUGAGAAAUAAUAUAAUGUUUGUGGAUUGAUUUCAUUUUUUUCUUAUUAUUUGCUGUAUGGUAUUUAUACAACACAUACAAAUACACACGGAUUCAAGCAAGCAA